CCCAUUUGUUCCCUUCAUAAUUAAUUGCCCGCGUUAUAGGUCGCCCCGCGUGCCGCGCUCUGAUCUGAUGUGGGGUAGAUCUCGCGUCUAAUGAACCACGCCCGCAAACCACACCGGCGAACCACGCUUUCACAUCGCGUCUAUCGAGUGCACGACAGGAUGAAGCCGUGAAAGCUCCCACCUCUAACAGAGGCAUGAUGCCGUAAACGUACAGCUACGCCUCUCCCAUUCGCAGGCCGAAGGCGCACUGUGCGUCCACAUUGCCAGAAGCCUGGAACAACGCACCAACCUGACCCCAAGUUCACGUCACUCGCGCACAGCAUCCCAGUCUCACAGGCCCUCACUUACACACACUCACGCACUCACUCGCCCGCUCACUUUCACCCUCACCCUCACCCUGACGCGGUAUGCCCUCCUCUGAGUGUCCCCCUCGUCCCGUCUUCCACCACCGCCCUCCAUGACCGACCUCCUCCACAUCCUCCCCUCCUUUCCCAUCCCUCCCUUCGCCGCCCUCCUCCCGGCCAUCGAGCAUCACGGCCUCACCACCACCGACCUCCUCACCCUCCACCCCGCCGACAUCGCCAAGCAGACUCGCCUCCCUCUGCUCGACCUCAAGCGCUUCAUCGCUGCUGUCCAAAACUCCCUCUCUGACGACCUCGCCGCGCCGCAGCAGCCGCUCCUCCUCCUCGACGUCAAACCGGAGACGGAACCUGCUUCCACUUCCGCCGACGCUGACGCCGAUGAGCCUCCACCUCCGGCCCCGGACCCCGUCCCGGCACCGGAGCCCCUCCAGCUCCGCUACAUCAGCACCCUCGACGAUGGCCUCGAUGCAGCCCUAGGCGGUGGCAUCCCCGUCGGUACCAUCUCCGAGUUCGCCGGCGAGAGCGGCGCCGGCAAGACCCAGGCCCUCCUUGCCCUCUGCCUCGCCGUCCAGCUGCCUCCUCCUCACGGACUCGGCCGCCACGCCCUCUACAUCUCCACCGAGGCCGCCCUCGCCACCCGCCGUCUUGCCCAGAUGCUCGACGCCAACCCGAUCCUUCAGGCCGCGGCCCCGGAGGACCGGCCGUCACUCGACCGCAUCCACAGCGCCGUCACCCCGGACCUCGAGACCCAGGACCACAUCCUCGAGUUCCAGGUCCCCGUGCUACUCUCGCGCCACGACAUCGGCCUGCUUGUCCUCGACUCCGUCGCCGCAAACUACCGUGCCGAGUUUGAGCGUCAGGGCUCCCACGGCUCUAACAUGGCCGCCCGGAGCGCUGAGCUCGUCCGCCUGGGCGCCCUGCUCCGGGACCUAGCACGCCGUCACAACCUCGCCGUCGUCGUGGCCAACCAAGUCGCCGACCGCUUCGCCUCCUCUGCUCCCAUCUCGCGCAACCCGCCUCCUAGAAGUAGCGGCGCUGUCCAGGAAAGCCCCCUGGCCUCGAGGAGUAUGCCUCCCCCGUCCACAAACUUCCCCAGCACGCCCUCGUCGUCCAUCCCCUUCUCCCUCCAGGACCCCGAUGGGCCCCCGCCGCCGCCCGCUUUGCUGCUCGACUAUCAGCAACGCUGGUUCACCGGCUGGGGUGACGAGCCUCGGGCUUCGUACUCCUUUAAGACGCCCAGUCUAGGCCUCGUCUGGACAACCCAGAUUGCCUGCCGGGUCGCCCUCCUCAAACGUCCUGUUUACGGCCGUACUCGACACGCCGCGCCGAUAGAUGCAGACGACGAUGCCGACUUGGCAACGCCCACCCUUAAAAACUGGCGAAGGUGGAUGAAGGUUGUCUUCGCGCCACACACAGCUGCCUCUAGUCAAGGCUUGGAGGACGCCGUGGAAUUCGAGGUCACCAUGGGGGGCUUGAAAAUGGUGGUAAAAGAGCGGCGGAAGUCGCGGAAAAAGUAACAUGAGCUUGGGAAAGGGAGCUGCGGUUUAGAUAUUUCUCAAUCCUGAUUGCUGGAAGCAAGGGGUCUAGAUGGAGUCGGCAAGGUCACAAGACGCAUCGGACGAAUAUCAUAUAGACGACGCUUAAUCAAUUAAAUUU